AUGGGUUAUGCGAUGGUAUCGCUAGUAUCGCUAGUCCCUCACGGCAUCCGAUUGACUAACAAUAAAUUAAGAAACUUCUCAAGAAAAACUAUGGGAUGGGAAACAGCGCUGUUUCCAGUUCUUGCUACACUUCUACUUCGAUCUUCUUGCUUCCAUUACGAUAUAAAGAAAAACGUUGUAUUGAUAAUUACUGAUGAUCAAGACAUCGAAUUAGGAUCUAUGAAUUUCAUGCCAAAAGUUCUACGAUUAAUGAAGGAAAAGGGUACAGAAUUCAAAGGCGGCUUCGUAUCCACACCUAUUUGUUGUCCGAGCAGAUCAAGUUUAUUAACUGGAAUGUAUGUACACAAUCAUAAUGUUCAGACUAACAAUCACAAUUGUUCAGGAGAUGAAUGGAGGAAACUUCAUGAACAUCGCAGUAUUGGAAUCUAUAUGCAAAAAGCUGGAUAUCGAACCGCUUACCUGGGCAAGUAUUUGAAUGAGUACGAAGGUGACUAUGUUCCGCCUGGAUGGGAGCAUUGGCUGGGAUUGGUGAAGAAUAGCAAAUUCUAUAAUUACACCAUUAAUCUCAAUGGAGAUCGUGUCAAAUAUGGUGCGGACUACGAGAAGGACUAUUUCACGGACUUGGUAACAAAUGCCUCCAUCAAAUUUAUCGAGGAACAUUUUCUAAAUCAUAACGAUAAACCAUUUCUUUUGGUGGUAAGCUAUCCAGCCCCACAUGGGCCAGAAGAUCCGGCACCACAGUUUGCGGACAUGUUUGAAGAUAUCGACUCACACAGGACUGAGUCAUGGAAUUAUGCGCCAAACCCGGAUAAACAGUGGCUUCUACAAAGAACGGGGAAAAUGGAACCUGUACAUGUUGCGUUUACAGAUUUAUUGCAUCGACGUCGAAUGCAAACACUGCAAAGCGUUGAUGAAGGUGUACAUCAUAUUUUCACCACUCUACGAGAUCAUAACUACCUCUCAUCCACUUAUGCCUUCUAUACCUCUGAUCAUGGCUAUCAUCUCGGCCAGUUCGGACUAAUCAAAGGCAAAAACAUGCCCUAUGAGUUUGAUAUCCGCGUACCUUUCUUCCUUCGAGGACCAGGAGUGAUGAAGAAUUUCAGUAUCCGUGAGCCAGUCGUGAAUGUCGAUAUCGCUCCAACCUUGCUUGCUAUCGCUGGUGCCGAGAUACCAGAUCAUAUGGAUGGACGUAAUUUACUGGAUCUGGUCGCUUUGAAGAAGGCUGAAUCGCAAGGAAAAUUGGACAAGCCCAGCCUUCCCGCUCCAUGGAGGGAUACUGUAUUGAUUGAAAGAGGAAAAAUGCCAAAACUGCGAAAAAUUCGUGAUAGAUGGUUAAAUCAGAAAGAACAUUUUGGCAAGGAAAUGCGUUUGAAUGAGGCUUGUAGUAAACCUGAAUGGCAACGACCAUGUAGUGGAGUACAGCAAUGGACGUGUUAUCGCGCUCCUGAUGAUCGCUGGAGGAUUUUGAAAUGUCGUGAGCGAAAGAAUCGCCAUUGUGCUUGUGCAGAGAAAUCCGAGAAACGACCAAAAAGAAGCACAAUGAGUUUAGAAGAAAAUAAUCCAGAGCUCGUGGAUGAGUUCUUGCGAGAUGUUCAUGAGUACAACAUCGUUCGAAAUAAAGAAUGGUAUCAAGGCCAUUUUAGCUCACCGCUAUCCCGUCGUCGACGAAAUGCUUGUUCGUGCCGGGGUAACAUGCCUCAUCCAUUGAAGCUAGACGAAUUUAAUGUCCCUCCAACUGUCUCAUCGGACCAUCACCGUAAGAAAAAAGAGAAAGGGGGUUCAAACGCCGAACGCGCAGCUUGUUCCGUACAACAGAUGAACUGCUUCUUGCAUAGCACUGAUCACUGGAAAACACCUCCUCUUUGGCCCGGCGAGUAUGGUCAAUUUUGCUUCUGUCAAAAUUCGAACAACAACACAUAUUGGUGUUUACGAACAAUAAACAAGGACGAAAAUUUCCUGUAUUGCGAGUUUGUCACCGAAUUUGUGAGCUUCUACGAUCUGAAUGAAGAUCCUUAUCAGCUUCACAAUGUUGUCUACUCCCUAGACAUGGACGUUUUGGAAAAACUGAGCGAACGUUUACGAUAUCUGAGAGACUGUAAAGGAGCAUCUUGUGAACUCUACUCGAGAUCAGACUGGGAACAGCACAUUGACGAUACACAUGAUAACAGCUAGCCCCUAUGAUCUACCGUACGCUACAGUAACC